AUGUUCAGGCUUACCAUGCGACAACAACCACAAGCAGCCAGGGCUUGUGGGUUCGGUGGCAGGGACAGAAGAGUAAUCGAUCCUCCACCUAUUGUACAAUUGUCCGUGGACGGUCCGUCCUUAACCAGGGAUCAAGCUAGCUCCUACCUCCGCUACGAAGGCUAUGUAAUGAACUGCUCCAUCUGCGACGAAACCGGACUGCGUGACGCUUCGUUUAUGCCAGAAGAGUACCAGCACCAAAGACGGCUGAUGGGAUCGUUGGUCGGGACCCCUUUUGUUGGUCAAGAUGAACACGGAACAGAGGGGUGCUUUUUCUGCUUCUCGGACCUCUCUUGUCGAACUCCUGGAGCGUUCCGGCUCAAGUUUACAGUCAUCAUGAUAGAUCCUUCUCGCGCCGGAAAAAUCCGCCACUUUCCGGUUCUCACAGAUAUUACGAGCGAUGUCUUUUAUGUGUACAACGCCAAGGAGUUCCCCGGGAUGCUACCAAGCAGCAGUUUGGCCAAGAGGUUAAGGGAGCAAGGCUGUAUGAUAUCCAUCAAGAAGGGAAACGAUAAUACUCGAAAUAUCACGGGACAAGGCGAUUUAUCCGACGAUGAGGAGGAAGGAGAAAGCUCGCAAGGACAACAGAAAAGGCGUGCUAUUCAAGACUAG